CAUUUCCCGGCAAGAGCACCAGUUCUCUGCUCUGCUCGGCCGGGAAGUCUGGGGCGGAUGAGCGGAAAGCUCUUCCAUCCCGGCCAGCUACCUGGAGCAAGCCGAGUGGUCUGGAUGUCCCUGAUUGUUGUUGUUGUUGUUUAUACUGCGAGCACGAAAUUACUCCCCAGGGCCUCCUCCCCCGCCCGCUCCACCUGCUCCUCCCUUCUGUUGUAACAUGCCAUUAGUGAGCCUGCGACCUCAUUUCCAAGGGUGCUAGAGUUCGCAUUCAGCCACCAUGGGGAAUGGGAUGAACAAGAUCCUGCCUGGCCUAUACAUUGGCAACUUUAAAGAUGCCAGAGAUGCAGAGCAACUGAGCAAGAACAAGGUGACACAUAUUCUGUCUGUCCAUGAUAGUGCCAGGCCUCUGUUGGAGGGGGUUAAAUACCUGUGCAUUCCAGCAGCGGAUUCACCGUCUCAGAACCUGACAAGACAUUUCAAAGAAAGUAUUAAAUUCAUUCAUGAGUGCCGCCUCAGGGGUGAGGGCUGUCUUGUACACUGCCUGGCCGGUGUCUCCAGGAGUGUGACUCUGGUGAUCGCAUACAUCAUGACUGUCACCGACUUUGGCUGGGAGGAUGCCCUGCACACUGUGCGUGCAGGGAGAUCCUGUGCCAACCCCAACCUGGGCUUCCAGAGACAGCUCCAGGAGUUCGAGAAGCAUGAAGUCCACCAGUACCGGCAGUGGCUGAAGGAAGAAUAUGGAGAGAGCCCUUUGCGGGAUGCAGAAGAAGCCAAAAACAUUCUGGGUAAAUAUAAAGAGCAAGGGCGUGUGGAGUCCCAGCCUGGUACAAGGCGGUGGAGCAGCUUUCAGACCUUGCCUCCUUUGGCCUACAGCAACUAUACGACGGAGACCUAGUAACUGAAUGAUCUGGUGCCUACCUUUCCAUCCCUUGUCUUCAGUGCAUUUCUGCUGGGUGCCCUGGUGUGCUGGCUGCCCCCAUGAAGGACAGGAAAGGGAGGGUGGCAAAGGUGGAUCCCGGUUUCCUCUCCAUGAAUCCACCAGCCCUGCCCCAGGCCCCUUCAUCCUGCCCACUCCUGCCCUGCCUGAGUUUGGAGAGUCUGCUUGACAGCCCCGCACCAUCUCAUGCAUGCCCCUGUGUGCAGGCAAGUGAGCGUGUGUGCCCAUGCGGGUGGACGUGUGAACUCCAAAUGUUCAUAUUGCUGGAACAGUCACAGAAUCCAUGCUGCCAGGCUUGGUGUCCCCACCUUUCCUUUUGUCCAAGACUCCACAUGGAAAUCAUUUGAAGUUAGCAUCUUAAAAGCUGUUCAGCCUAAACCAGCCUGUGGCUGGGAGCAGACCGAACCCAGAGUGGUCACGGUGAGGGCAGCAGGAGGCCAGACUCCCUCCUGAGGGUAGUUCCAGGGGCCCUGAAAGAUGUGUGGGGCUGUGCUCUGAACAUUGCCUCAAUCUUAAUGAAAGUGCUCUAGGCUGUGAUUCCUACCACCUCAAGACCCUCAUCUCGGCCCAUAUUGUCCCUGAGUUCUUGGUGUAUGUUCUCAGUGGCACUGACUAUAUUUCAGUUCCAUGGGAACCAUACCACAUCAGCCCAAGCUAUAUGCCCAGAGCUCUCUUCCAUUCUCCUCUUGUCCAGCUUCACUUACUCUCAACCUCUUUGUUUUCUUGCUGUUAUAAUUCUGCAAGGGUGUCUUUGCAACAUCUGCAUGCAUCUUCAGGAAUUGGAAAGAAAGAGCAUUUAUUUGGCACUAUAGCAAGUUUGCAUUUAAAAAUACAUUUUAAAAUGCCUGCGUACUUAUUAAGCACUUAUUAAGCACCGUCGUAUAUGCUAUAGAUUUGAUAUUUGAUCUCAGCUACCUCAUUAAAUGUUUUUUUGAAAAAGUAUUUUUGUCAUUAUAACCAGCUCAUGGUUGUAAAUGUUGCGUCAUGAUUGCUUUUGAAUCCAAAGGGCAAAAGCAUCAGUAACAUUGAGCUAUUUAAAAUUUCUACUUGAGCUCCAGUAAUGCUUUCUGGUGGGUAAAAUUCUACAUUCAGGCCAAGCCCAACAUGGCUGGAGAGCGUCUGCAGUUUGCAGCAUGGAGCAACAGGAUCCUGGAAUUCUGUGAGCAAUUUUGUGGUCCAGUCUCAAAUUGUUUAAGCACACAAAAUUACAAGAAUGAAAAAGUUUACUUGCCUUCUCCCUAAAAAGAUGUUGCAGCCCACUUUCUCUGAAUCCUACCAACAACAGAGCCUCUGACUAAGAAGAGCAGCUUUCCCCAUGCAUAUAAAGCAUAUGUCACAGAUGAGCUGCUUUGGGGACCAGGGGAAAUUCUACUCACCCACAAAGGCCCCAGAUAUAUACCAGGAAAGUGAAGCAUGGCCAUGGAAUUUUCUACCUACAGCUGAAACAAUUUGUCUAUUAAGUACUUUUUUUUUUCUUGAACCAAAAAGAAAUGUAACUAUGGUCACAGAAAAAGUAUUUAGGAUAUCAGCUGAAAUGCUUAAAUAUGUGUGUACAUUUAUGAACAUCUAAAUAUAUUCCUGUAGGUCUUGAAAUGUUGUUUUAAUUUUUGUUGCCAGUAAUGUUCUUUCUCCACAGCUACUACAGGAAUUCUGAAGUACUGGGCCUUUCUCAGAAGACUGUAAUGUACCUGAAGUUUCUGAAAUAGUGCAAAGCCACAGAGUUUAGGCUGGUGCUGCCAAAAAGAAAAGCAACCUAGAGUUUAUUUUUAAGUAUCCAGAAGUGAUGUGUAACUUGUUUUUCAUUUUAAACUGAAUAUAUGUGUAAUGAUAUAUGUUGAGAACUAAAGAUACUCUUCAGCAAGAGAAAAUAUUUUUUACCUUAAA